CUCUGAGUCAACUAGGUACAAGAACGAAUAAAGAAAAUAGUUAAAAAAGGUAAAAUCGUCUUGAAGUCCGCGAUCUCGUCCUCUUCAACGAACACGCAAACCAAUACAAAACAAACACUCGUAACCGUCGAAUCAGCUUAUCGUAAAGCCGACGAAAAUCGUAAACGCUAUCUUCAGUCACGGCUGCCUGCUUUCUCCCUCAGUCACCUACUGCCACGUGUCCUCUGGAUUACAGAAUCCCAAUCCUCCCUCCCAAUCUCAUCCUCCCCAUCCACUACUUCACUUUCUUGGCUAUAGUCCAUCCGAAGCACGUAUAAAUAAUAAUCCUCUCAGCUUUUUUUUUUUUUUUAAACCAAAACGGUGCGUUUUUGUGGUUUAAGAGAGAACUAGAGAUGGAUCACGCGACCGAGGCGCACCGGACCGAUUUGAUGACCAUAACUCGUUUCGUGUUGAACGAGCAGUCGAAGCACCCGGAGUCACGCGGCGACUUCACGAUUUUGUUGAGUCACAUUGUUCUUGGUUGCAAGUUUGUUUGUUCUGCUGUUAACAAGGCGGGUCUUGCCAAACUCAUUGGACUUGCUGGAGAAACCAAUAUUCAGGGUGAAGAGCAGAAGAAAUUGGAUGUGCUUUCAAAUGAAGUUUUUAUUAAAGCUUUGGUUAGCAGUGGCCGAACAUGUAUCCUUGUCUCUGAAGAAGAUGAAGAGGCAACAUUCGUGGAGCCCUCUAAGCGUGGAAGGUACUGUGUGGUUUUUGAUCCAUUGGAUGGAUCCUCUAACAUUGACUGUGGCGUUUCUAUUGGAACGAUUUUUGGGAUUUAUGCAAUGAAAGAUAGCCAUGAACCAACUCUAGAUGAUGUCUUACAACCUGGGAAGAAUAUGGUUGCAGCUGGAUAUUGUAUGUAUGGGAGUUCUUGCACGCUUGUAUUAAGCACUGGGAGUGGUGCCAAUGGAUUCACCCUCGACCCAUCUCUUGGAGAGUUUAUUCUUACUCACCCAGACAUCAAGAUUCCAAAGAAAGGAAAGAUUUAUUCUGUAAAUGAAGGAAAUGCUAAGAACUGGGAUGGUCCAACAACCAAGUUUGUGGAAAAAUGCAAGUUCCCUAAAGAUGGUUCGUCACCGAAGUCUUUAAGAUACAUUGGAAGUAUGGUUGCUGAUGUCCAUCGCACAUUACUUUAUGGAGGUGUCUUUUUAUACCCGGCUGAUAAGAAGAGCCCUAAUGGGAAACUACGUGUUCUCUAUGAAGUCUUCCCCAUGUCGUUCUUGAUGGAACAAGCGGGAGGUCAGGCUUUUACUGGCAAGCAACGGGCACUGGACUUGGUUCCGAAGGACAUUCAUGAGCGGUCUCCAAUAUUUCUCGGCAGCUAUGAUGAUAUUGAAGAUAUCAAAGCAUUGUAUGCAGCUGAAGAGCAGAAGUAACGAGCUUUGGUCAUGCCAUGUUUCAUGCUUACUUGCCUUUUAGUUUUUCAUUUCUAAUCAGCUACUUGUGACAUACCCUUUCCUUUAAGGUCUUCGUUUGCACUGAAAUGAUGCAAUUUAUUGGUGGACAACUAAUGUCCUAUUGAUACAUUUUAAAUGGAAGGAAGCGAGUAAGUUACCCGUUAA